AUGUUCAACUCGUACUCCCGCGCCGCAAUCCGACAAUUGAAUGAUGGUAUCAACGGAGGAGAGCUGUGCGUGCCAUGCCAGAUAGCUCUAGAAGAAGACGAGCGUGCGGGCUUCGCUAGUAUUGGUACUCCAGCCUGGUUGAACAAUGGCUUCAGAGAAUACGAGGAAUACCAGCAUCUUACUGAGCCUGUUCUCUAUUGCGAUUGUUGCCGUCAUGUUCUCCGCGCCCGAGAGUUCCAGAGACGACAAGGAAGAGGUCAAAGUCCAUCGGUUGAUGCGCAGAAGUAUCCUGGGGAUUUCAACGGGCUGACAACGUGUGUGUUUCUGCAUGAUGAUGACCUGGAUUUGCAGGGGUAUGAGGCGGCAUUGAACGACUUCAAGGUCAAGGAAUCAGAGUAUAGUCGGACAGUAAGACAUCACUGGGCAGAUGUGGAAUUGAUCAAGAGUUGGCUUGUUGACUGCGAAAAACAUCACGGCCAUGCCUGCAAUGAACACCUGACAUCAGUUACCGAUACUGGGCCGCUUUUGCUUCUGGAUGUUAUCGAUGAUUGUCUCGCGGUUGGGAACUUCAAGGAUCGGUAUUUCGCCUUGAGUUACGUUUGGGGCGCUUCGAAACAGUUCCUGACCCUGAUGGAGAAUUACGACCAGUUGCGCCAGCCCGGAACUCUCUCCAAGCAGCCUUUGACCCGAACCAUCAGGGACGCGUUGACUUUUGUCAAGAGCCUGGGUGAGCGAUACUUAUGGGUUGAUACGAUGUGCAUCAUCCAAGAUGACGCUGCCAAUAAAGCGAGUGCCCUCGCCCAGAUGUGCGCAAUCUACAGUUGCGCCAUGGCCACGAUAGUGGCCCUAAACGGAGACUCCGCCGACGCCGGCCUACCUGGCAUUCCGCCUACGGCCCGCAACACCACCGCAACCUUCGUCACCCCUGGAAUACACAUGGUGGAGCGAUCAUCCUUGGAGAACAUGUUGGCAAACCACACCUACGAUGGUGUAGACGUCGAUUGUAUCUACAACACACGCGCCUGGACAUUCCAGGAACGAUUACUAUCGAACCGGAGCAUCUACUUCCUCGGCGAACAGGUGUACUUUCAUUGCAAGAAGCAGCUGUUGUGCGAAGACAGAUACAUUAGCGAUGACACCAGCUUCUAUACCCUGGACAAGAUGCGCACGACAAGCGCAGAACUGAAGUCCAAGACUACUCGAGCUGGCACAUAUACUCCACUGGACGAGUUUCGUUGGUACGAAGAGAUCAUCGCAGAAUAUACGGCAAAGAAAAUGGGAUAUCCGGAUGAUAUUCUCAAUGCUUUUACUGGCAUUCAGACUAUGCUAACUCGCAUGUUUGAUUGGCCUUUUUUCGGCGGCCUUCCGACUUCUCUUCUGGAUAUUGCAUUACUUUGGACCCCUGUCACUACCACCGAGCGGAGGUUGACUACCUCACAACAGCCAAGCUGGAGUUGGUCGGGCUGGAUUGGGCGAGUCCGAUACGCAGACCUGGUGCGCCCAGGGCAUAGGCCGAUAAGCUCGUUGUUCAGGCCGCUCGCCAAACAUCAGCUCGCCAUGCCAGCUACGAUUGUCUUCGAAUGUAUGAGCGUCCCUCUGAAAGCGUUCGAACUCGCCAAGGCUCCAAAAGGGGUUUUUGACCCAUUUCAAAGCACAUCUAGCCCCAUCACCGAAGACUCAUACUACGUCUUCGACAGCAAUAAACGUCGCUGCGGCAUGCUCAUAGGCCUUUCUCAAGAAAAUGCGUCUGAUAUAGCCAGUGACAAACUGAAGCUCCUCGCGCUUUCGGCUUGGAAGUCGAACAACAGUCUCACGAAGAACGGGCCAGUCAUCUCUCAUCUCUCGGAUAAUGGAUAUUUCUCAGACGAAGAGGUGUACGAUCAAGCUUUCCGCGAUGCAGAGUGGUGUACCUACAACGUCAUGCUCGUUCGCUCAGUCGGCGAUGCGUAUGAGAGGGUUGCAGUGGGACAGAUGCACGUAGACGCGUGGCAUGGAGCGUGUGAGACGCGUGGAAGGUUCAUGGUGAAUUGA